AUGAAAACUGAUGAAAAUGAAGAAGAAGCGGCGCACAACCCACGCCAAGAUUUCGGCAACAUCCGAUGCGGGCAGUCGAAAAUCAACCUGAGUUUCCAACAAUCAUACGGGCGAAUACAUCACGUCGCGCCCCGUGACUCACCACCACCAGCGAAGGCGACACAUUCUAGGCAGGUGCCGCACUGA